UCAAGAUGUAACCGCCAUAGGGGGUAAGAAGCUUGGAAACUUCUCCGGAACAUUGUGCAGGCUCCUCCCAGAGGCUCAGCUGGUGUUGCACAAGGCCAGCUUGUGUGUUCAGCAAAUCCAACCCACUGGGUCAGUGAGAGCAGCCAUGGAUAUGGAGAGAGUCAACUCCAUGGGCUUCGGGGAAUUUGUGGAUGUGUUUGGGAACAUCAUUGAAAAAUGUCCUCUGGUUGCAGCUGCUGUGUGGUCCCAGCGUCCAUUCUCUAACUUGGAAGACUUAGAAAGUCACUUUUUUGCUUUUAUCGAUGCUCUUCCAAGAUCAGGCCAGGAGGGCAUCCUGCGUUGUCAUCCGGACCUAGCGGGCCGCGAUCUGCAGCAGGGCACGCUCACCGCCGAGUCGCAGCGCGAGCAGAGCCAAGCCGGCCUCACCAGCCUGGAUGCGGAUGACCGGCUGCGGCUGCAGCGGCUUAACGCGCAAUACCGAGAGCGCUUCGGCUUCCCGUUCGUGCUGGCUGCGCGCCUGAGCGACCGCGACGCGGUGCCCCGGGAGCUAGCCCGCCGGCUGCACUGCCAGCCAGAGUCCGAGCUGCGUACUGCCCUGGGCGAGGUGAAGAAGAUUGGCCACCUGCGCCUGGUAGAUUUGCUAGGCGCCCAUCCCGCCAGGGUGGAACCGCCCCGGGGCUGGAGAUCCGAAUGCCAGUAGGAUGCGCCACGUAGGGGACUUGGCGUUGCACACCCUUCGCUGGAGAUUGGCUCCGGCCUGGAAGAACAAUCCACUCACCCACACAAAGGAAGUGGAGAAUUGAAGCAAUGACACGACUAAUGCAUCCUUUGUACACCCAUCCACACAGCACGCGUCGGCAAAAUAUGUCAGAUUCUAGAGCGUUUAGCGCUUUGCCCCCGAUUUAUCCAGAUGGCUGCUUCAAUUCUCCACUGGCCCUGCGGCCUGCCCACACUGCAGCCUCGGCAGAUUGAAAGCUCCCACCCGGCUCCCCCACUCUCCUGCUAAGCAGGAACUGGAAAUGCAAAAGGCACUCACUGAAAAGGGGGUCUUGUACUCCAGAGCGAUCUUUCUUCUCCCACUCUGAAAAAAAAAAUUAAAACACUGAUUUUGGUCCUAGGUGACCAACUAGCAGUGGGAGUUGAGUCCUCCCACUCAACUUCCAGCCUGGGGAAGAUGCCCUGAGGAGGUCAGUCAGUUUAGUGUGUGUGUGUGUGUGUGUGUGUGUGUGUGUGUGUGUGUGUGUGUCCAAGUUGGAAAGUUUUGAUAAUCAGGAGCCAGUGUCACACUUGUCCCCCCAGAAGAUCAGCCUUUGGUGAUGGCCCUGCAAGCCAAGCCCUGGGUUUUGUGGAGCCCAGGUGAAGAUGCCAUCCCAUAGUGCUGGCAAUAUGGGCACAGGGAUGGUGCCAAUAGAGAUCUUCCCGUAGAACAAGCCAGACUUGGGAACCUGGAGCUCCAGAGUCAGUUACCCUGCAGCCUGUGGUAGCCACAUGAGAAGCAACACCACUGGCAGGAGGGACCAUCAAAUCCCCCCUCCCCCAUAAUCCCGUUCCCGCCACCCCUGCCAAAGAGAAGGGGCGGAGUUAGUGAGUCCCAGGACUACUACUUACACUUCUUUUGGCAAAGAAAAAACAAAGCCAUACUUGGCUUCCCCAACACAGACAGGUAGAAGCAGAGUUGAUUUCCAAUAGUGAACAACCAAAUAAGACAAAAGGCAUAGCCCCGCUCGGUAAAAAGCUGUGCCACAGAACUUUGGGUUUGGGGGGUGAUGGUCCACAGAAAUAAUCCCCUCCUGGAGCACCCAGAAUCAAAAUAAAGGCUCCAGUUACCUUU